UAUCGCUCAUCUCUGACUCUGGUGUUAUGCAAAACGCGUCUUGAUUUUUCUGUCGAACUUUUCAUUUUUUCAACUCUUAACCGAAGCCAGGAGGAGUCACCAUGGCCACGGCCGUGCCAAAUUGCGCCCCGAAACAGGAUCUUCCGCCACCCGGCGGCUACAAGAAGAUUCCCUUCGCCCGUGUACCUCCUAAAAGCUAUUUUACAGGCUUCACCAUGAUUGGCGCCUAUGUGGCAGUGACCACCGUGGGUCUGGGCAUCUACUACCUGACCGCUAAGAAGGUGAAACGCGACGAGAUCGAGAUGCGUUCCGCCCAGAAUGUGAUCUAUCCGAUCCUUAUUGCGGAACGGGAUCGCGAAUUCCUGCGCCAGUUGCGUCGCAACCGUGACGAGGAGGCUGAGCUGAUGAAGAACGUUCCCGGAUGGGAGGUGGGAACCUGGUACGGCGAGCCCGUUUACAAGACCCUGCCGGAAGAUACCCUGGUCACGCCCAUUUUCAAGGAGUUCUAUGCCCACUCCGACUGGAAAUCGUACGCCAAGCGUGCCCACCUCAAGCUCUGGUCCUAAAUCCUGGAUGUUCCUGGAUAUCCUGAAGCUGAUCCCCGCUGAUCAAAGCGGGUAGGGGAACUGCCCUGGAUUUAGUUAAUUGUAAAAGCCACAUUUUUUUGUUAGUAGAAUCGCUUAAGCGCUCAUUUUUGACUCAAUUACAUGCACCCGAUUGGUUCAAAAUGGGAA